AUCAUCAACAACAACAAAAACAGCCAUGUUUCGUUGUCAAACAAAACAUUUGCUCACUGGUGAAAUAAAACAAAGUGCCAAUUAUGGACGACUUGUUGUCACUGAUUCUCAAUCACGAAUGCCUCCAAAAAUUAUCGCUACAAUAGGCUAUAAUAAUGGUGGUGGUGGUGAUGGCAAUUGUCCAACUAAUAAGAAUUUCGGUUAUAGUCGAAAACAAAAAGUGAUAGCCAAUUUUGGUGAUAUUAUCGAGCUACCAUGUUUAGUACAAGCUAAUCCUUGGCCAACAUUCACCUGGUAUCGAAUGAAUCACAAUAAUAAAUAUUCAUCAAUUACACAACCAACAAAAUUUAAUGUUCAACAACAUCAAUCAUCAUCAUCAUCAUCAUCGUCAUUGUUAACGCCUAUAUUGAGUGGCGCAAAAAAAAUUAUUCAAAUUGAUAGUUCAUUAUUUAUACACGAUGUGUCGCUACUGGACAGUGGAAUAUAUGUGUGUAUUGCAAAUAAUUCACUUGGCCAAGAUCGUAUUGAAACCGAAUUGAUUGUUAAAGCUCCAUUACACGUUCAAAUAAUACCAUCGAUCAUCAAGGCAAUCGAUGGUGAUACAAUCGAAUUCAAUUGUACCAUAUCAACUGGAAGUCGUAAUAUAAAUAUUGACGAUGGAAAUUCAUUAAUCGAUCGUAUACGUUGGUAUCAUAAUACACAAUUAUUAACAAUGAUGAUUCCGUCCACAUCAUCAUCGACAACGAUUCUGCAGGAGAAUUUGGAUUCUAGAUAUCGUUUUCUUGAUCAUGAUCAUAUACUGCAAAUACGUAAUGUUGGUCGUGAAGAUAAAGGAAUGUUUCAAUGUAUCGUCAGUAAUGAAUUUGAAUCAAUUCAAGCUACUGGUGAAUUAUCGUUGGUAGAUGAUCCACCAUCGUUUGUAUCCGUAUUCAACAUUGCUGAACCAUUAAAGCCAGGAAAAUCAUUGUCAUUGAAAUGUUCAGCAAUCGGUACACCAUUACCACAAAUUAUUUGGACAUUAGAUGGUCAAACUUUACAAGAACAUGGCCGAAUCAGAGUUGGUGAUUAUGUGAGUGCCGAUAAUGUUGUGAAUAGUUUUGUCAAUAUAACCUCAUUACGAAGUGAAGAUGGUGGCAUUUAUUCGUGUACAGCAUCAAAUGAUAUUCAUUCUAUAAGUCAUUCAAGCCGUAUCGAUGUUUUUGGUGCUGCAUCAGUUCGUUCGAUGAAAAAUUUCACUGCCAUUGCUGGUCACAAUCUUCAAUUACAUUGUCCAGCCGCUGGAUAUCCAAUAGAAUCGAUUGAAUGGUAUAAAAAGUCUACGAAUCAUAUGAACGAUAUUCAUCAAUCAUCAAUCAAUCGUUUACCACAAAAUCAUCGACAAAAAACAUUUCCAAAUGGAACAUUGAUUAUUGAACGUAUUGAACGUGGAUCAGAUGACGGUGAAUAUCGUUGCCAAGUAACAAGUGAAUCAAAUGUGGCUAGUGCUGACACUUUCAUACGGGUACUAGUUGCACCAUUGAUAAAUCCAUUUCAUUCACCGCCAAAUCUCCGUGAAGGAAUGCGUGUAAUGCUUACCUGUUCAGUGGUUGAAGGUGAUCCACCAUUAAUGAUUCAAUUCCUUAAAGAUGGUACAUCUAUUUCAAUGAAACAACAACAAACAACAAGUGCCUUAGUAGAAAAUCAUCAUGAUCAUGAUCAUAUGAAAUUUGAUAGAACCAAUGAUUAUUCUGCUACAUUGUUCAUCGAAUCGGUUACGAAUGAAGAUUCAGGAAAUUAUAGCUGUAUUGUAUCAAAUAAUGCAGCAAUCGCUACAUAUUCCAUUUUUAUGAAAGUGAAUGUUCCACCUAAAUGGAUUAUCAUGCCAAAAGAUAUUGAAGCCAUUGAAGGACAAAAUAUAGCCAUUGAUUGUUCGGCAACUGGUGAUUCCAAAGUAUGGUGGGAACGUGCCUAUGAAAAAUCAUUAUCACCACCACCAAUGCAUUCGAAAUCAACAUUGUUGUUGAUGAAAAAUAGUGGCAAUCAUAAUAUUUCGAAACAACAACAAUCACCAACGAUGAAUCAUUUUCGUACGGUCGUCAGUAAUUCACACAUACAUACAGCAGAAAAUGGAAGUUUAAUAUUUCGUGAUAUUCAAUAUGAUGAUUCAGGCACUUAUCUUUGUCAGGCAAAUAAUGGUGUUGGUUCUGGUUUGAGUAAAGUAAUUAAAUUAAAAGUACAUGUUCCUGCAUAUUUUAAAAAUAAAUUUUCAUCACAAACUGUACGACAUGGUGAAUCUGUUGAAUGGAAUUGUGAAGUCAAUGGUGAACAGACGAUUGACCACUGAACAGGUAAGCAUUACACGCAUCUUCAAGUUUCUAAAGAUCGAAUGAUUUUAGAUUUUGUUCCUAUUAAUAAUAAUAAUGACAACAAUGAUAAUUAUUCAUCAAAAUCAAAUUCUGCCUCGAAAAUUCUUCAUUCUGUUAAUCGUUAUAAUCUGAUACGAAGAUUACAAAACGAUCAUCAUGUGUCAAAUAUCAUAAGAAUUGAUCAAGUUGAUCGUCGUGAUUCAUCGCUAUUCACCUGUGAUGCAUCAAAUCCAUAUGGAAAAGAUGAAUAUAAUUUCCAGCUAAUAGUUCAAGAACCACCGGAAAAUCUUCAUGUAUUGGAAAUUGAAAGCAGAAAUGCAGUCAUUGCAUGGUCACAACCGUAUUCUGGUAAUAGUCCAAUCGUAGCAUAUCAUGUUGAAUAUCGACUAUGGAUGGAUUCAUCGACAUCUUGGUCCAAUGUUCACCACACGUCUAAUCAAUCUACAAUUGUUGAACAUAAUACUGCUGCAAUGAUUAGUAAAUCAUUACCGCCAGGAACAAUUUAUCGAAAAACAUUACCAGGAACCGAAACAUCAAUAAAUCUAAGAUCAUUACAGCCAAUGUCAACAUAUGAGAUACGAGUUCAAGCUGAAAAUCAAAUAGGUUUUGGUUCAUUUCAGCUAACACCAUUGAAAAUAAUGACAAAAGAAGAAGCACCAUCGGGACCACCAUUGAAUAUUCGAGUGUUUCCAGCCAGUGCUCAUACAUUACAGAUUUCAUUUCAACCACCUAGAUUGGAAAAUCAAAAUGGUCAAAUACUUGGCUAUUAUGUUGGUUAUAAAGCGGUGGAUUUGGAUGAACAUUUUAUGUUUAAAAAAAUUCUUGAAGAUAAUAAUCGAUCUAUUCAAAUGAAAGAGAUUAACAUUACUGAUUUACGUCGUGCUACUAAAUACGUGAUCAUUGUACAGGCAUUCAAUAGGAUUGGUCCUGGACCACAAUCCGAAGAAAUUGUCGGUGAAACCUUGAUCAAUGAUUCACCAAGAGCUCCUGUAUUAACUUCGAUCAAUGUCGGUUAUAACAGUGUUGAAUUGAAUUGGUCUAUUGAAACGAUGGACGAUUCAUUCGAUGGCGGCUUGCAUGUAUCAUCAAAAUUAGAUGUACCCGAAAUAACCGGAUAUUAUCUUUAUUCAAAAUCACCUCAAGGUGAAUGGGAAGAACGUCAUAUAAAUUCAGAGGAAAAUUCAUUCAAAUAUAAUAAUCUUCUUUGUGGAAAUCAAUAUCAGGUUAAUAUAUAAACAUUCCGGCCAUAUAUA